AUGACUUCCAUUUCAGAUUUAGAGGACAGAAGCAAGACUUUCCCGGAGAAGCCUGUCAGUGAUGAGGAGCAGCUGGCUGCCCUCGGUCACGUACAGGAACUUCGUCGUGAAUUCUCCCUAUGGUCAAUUGUGUGUCUUCAGAUCUCCUUGAUGGCAACAUGGGAAGCAUUGUCAUCAGUUGUGGCAACAGCCUUGACCAAUGGUGGUGCCCCUUGUUUGUUUUAUAACUAUCUGAUUUCCUUGGCUGGUACCAUUUUCGUGGUUCUGUCACUAUGUGAAAUUGCCGCCAUUUACCCCACCGCAGGAGGACAAUAUCACUGGGUCCACUGUCUCACUCCUGAAUCAUAUCGAGCCACUGCAUCAUGGUUUACCGGCUGGAUUUCCAUCGGUGGCCAGCUCGUUCUUGCCGCUUCAGCUGCCUUUGCCUCUGGCCUGCAGCUGCAGGCUCUCAUCACCAUGAACAACCUCGACACAUAUAUUCCCGAGAGAUGGCAGGGAAUGCUCUUCUACUGGUUGAUCCUGGCAUAUUCUACCGCAGUCAACAUUUUCGGCUCCAAGAUUCUCCCUCACACCAACACAACGGCGGGUGUAUUGCAUGUACUCGCAUUUAUCGCGAUCGUCUGCGUCUUGGGUGCAAUGUCCACCAAACACUCCGCCGACUAUGUCUUCAAAGAGUUUUCUAACACCAGUGGCUGGACCAACGACGGAGUCUCCUGGCUGGUUGGGUUGCUCAGCACUGUAUACCCUUUUCUCGGAUAUGAUGCCGCCUGCCAUCUAAGUGAGGAACUCCCCAAGCCCUCGCGUAAUGUGCCCCUGGCCAUGAUCGGCAGCGUCACUAUUAACGGUAUCAUCGGCCUUGUUUAUUGCGUUGUGCUGUUAUUCGCUCUAGGCGAUCUCCAAACUCUUCUCGAAUCAAAAACAGGGUUCCCAUUUAUGCAACUCUUCCUCAACGUCACAGGCUCGCCGGCCGGUGCCUCGGUAAUGGCGCUGUGUAUCACUUUGGUAGCACUCGCUGCUAAUGCCGCUGGGACAACCUCGACCAGUCGCACAGCAUGGGCCUUUGCUCGUGAUCACGGUCUCCCUGGUUCGGGAUUCUUUUCCUACGUAAAUCCGACCCUCAAGGUGCCCGUGCGCAUGGUCCUGGUCGUUGGGCUCUUGCAAAUGCUGCUCGGUCUGAUAUACCUCGGAAGCUCAACGGCCUUUAAUGCCGUCCUUUCUAUGGCUAUCCUGGGCAUGUACGCUUCCUACUUCUCUCCCAUCCUGUUCAUGCUUCUGUAUGGUCGACGGACAUCCUCAUCGGUUGUCGGUGGUUUGGGAUCAGGGAUGUUCAAUCUCGGACCGCGAUGGGGCCCGGUAAUCAACGUCAUUGCCCUGAUGUGGCUGCUCCUUGCAAUGGUGUUCAGCACAUUUCCUACCGUCGAGCCUGUCACACCUAACAAUAUGAACUACUGUGUGGUGGUGACGAUGGGCUGGAUGUUUAUCGGCGCGGUGUACUACUAUAUUUUUGGUGGAAAGAGACGAUUCUCAGGUCCCGUGGUUGAAUUAGCCGAGGAUAUAUAA